UCUUUUCCUUUAUACACAGUAAAGAAGGAUGCAGAUAUUUAUAUGAUUUUUAACUGAUAAUUCUUCAUAUCUUUGCAAUUUGCACUGAACUUUGGAAUAUUAAUCGGUACUGAGCAAUUGAGUUUUCAAUUUUAGCAGAUAUUUUCCUCAUAAUGUUUAAACCUUCGAAAGCACUAUUAAGAUUCAGUAACAAUAUGUUGAAAGCAUAUCCUUACAGUGUGAGUGCAGGUGGAUCAAAGAGAUUAAAUGGCAAAGUGGCUAUAGUUACAGCUUCUACUGACGGCAUUGGGUAUGCAAUUGCCAAAAGAUUAGGUGAUGAAGGAGCAAAUGUGAUUAUCAGUAGCAGAAAAGAAGAAAAUGUAAAAAAAGCCGUGUCGGACUUGAAGAAAGAAGGCAUCAAUGUUGAAGGUGUUGUAUGCCAUGUAGGGAAUGCAGAACAAAGGAAACAAUUGUUUGAUAUUGCAAGAAGUAAAUUUGGCGGUUUGGACAUAUUAGUCUCCAAUGCUGCAGUCAACCCUGCUGUGUCACCUAUCCUCGAUACUGAUGAAAAGGUAUGGGACAAAAUAUUUGAAAUUAAUGUAAAGUGCUCUUGGCUACUAGCUAAGGAAGCAUAUCCCGAACUGGUGAAAAGGGGAGGCGGAAGUAUUGUGUUUAUUUCAUCUAUUGCUGGAUAUCAACCUAUGGAACCUUUGGGACCAUACAGUGUAAGCAAAACAACUUUAUUGGGUCUUGCAAAAGCAAUUUCAAAAGAGGUUGUACAUGACAACAUUAGAGUGAACUGCGUGGCACCAGGGAUAGUGGCAACCAAGUUUGCUGCAGCUAUCACACAGUCUGAAGAAGCUAAGGAAGCUGGCUUAUCUAUAGUGCCAAUGAAGCGACUUGGUAAACCUUCAGAGAUUGCAGGUGCUGUUGCAUUCCUCGUAUCGGAUGAUGCUAGCUACAUGACCGGUGAAACUCUCGUAGUAGCUGGCGGCACUCACGUGCAUCUUUAAUUGUAGGAGACACGUGAUAAAUUGUUUUGGGUGGUAGUAGUAUUUUUAUCCUGGGAGAUAAGGAAAUAUUACAUAAUUUUGUUUUAUAAAUUUAAUUUUUACUUUUAUACAAAUAAUAAUUUGUUUUUUAAACAAUGUUAAUCAAUCUUGGUCAUCAUCAGAGUCUAAUAAAUCUGUUUUGUUAAUA